UAAGUGAGUGAAAGAUAUCAUGAUUUCCAUAUAUCAAUUAUUUGCACCCAAAAUAUCAUUUUUCAAAUAUUUGCCUUUAAAAUUAGGUUAAAAACUUAAUACAAAAGAUUCAAUUAGAAUGUUAUGGUGAGGGAUGCCAUGAACUUGAAAAACACUUUACAUGUAAAUAAAGUACAUAUACUAAAUCAUGUACAAUUUAAUAUGGAAAUUUUGUUUUUUGUACAAAUAAAAUUUUAAGUUUCAAUAAAAAAAUUAUAAUGUCCACCACAAUGUGUAGUAGAAAUAUUGUAAUUUUUAUUCACAAGGCAUGUGAUAGUCCAAUCAUUGAAUGGACAUGAAAUGUGUCUUUCCAUUUAUUAGUCUUGCUCAAUCCGUUUAUUUACUUGUUUUAAUACACUUCAAAGAGAAAAAACAAAAAAACAAAAAAAGCAAUGUAAUAUUUAAAUCAUGGAAAUAGAUGCAGUUCCUUGGUUGGCUAUUAUUGCAUUUUUGUAUAUAAUUCUGAACUCAGAACGUGAAGUGGAGGAAAGAAGAGAAGAGAAGAAAAAAUCAAUAAGUCUGCUUAAUAACGCAAAUAAUCCUUAAAAAAAACAAACAAAUAUGUCAUUAAAUUUGGUAAUCUUUUACAAUAUAGAAAUAAAAUAAAAUAAUCAUAAAUUUGGAAAAUUCAUGAUCAAUAGAACUUUUAAUUAUACCAAUGUAAGAGAAGUUGACUUAUAUUCAUAUUCCAUGUUCAUCUCAAAAAAAAGAAAUAAAACAAACAUUUUCUUUACAAAUUAUUUAGUUUCCGAAAUUCAAUAAUAUCUCAUACUGACAAAAUCGGGUCAUGAAUCAGAAAGUAAACAUUACUCAAAUAGAAUUGAAACCUAUUAUGUAUACAACUUAAAAUCAAACACGUAAAAGAAUAACAUCAAUCAGAAAGCAUGCAAAAAAAAAUAUAUGUAAGCAAAUCAGAAUUAUCAAAAUUUCUAAGAGUAAUUGACAAGGAUCGGCAAUAAAGAUGUUACCAAUUAUAAAUUUACAUAAAUAAAUAUGUAUUUUAAGUGCUUUCGAAUCCCAUCUUCUUUUUCUUUUUCUUUUUUUGUAAAAAGAGGUAUGAACCAUAAAAAGAAUAAUAAUAAUAAUAAUAAUAAUAAUAAAACAUAUACAUGCACGUUAAUCAAUUGCUGAUUAAAGAAUUGAUGAUUUUUCAUUUAAUGCAAGGUAUUAAUAAAUAAAAAGAAAAGAAAGUAUAAGCGCAAAGAAAGCCAAAUAAUGUGUACAAGCUCACAAGGAAAUCAGUUCUGAAAAUAGAUAAAGGCAAUCUAAUGUUUAAAAUGAUAUUAUUUUAUUUUACUUCAUUUUUAUACAUCACAAGAUUAAAGUGAUUGAAGUCAUUGAAUGACAGUAAAGGUAUUUUGUCUAUGAUGAAAAUAUUUGUUUAAUGUGUUGCAACAAGUUGAAAACGUUUUCAUAAAAAUAAGGUAUGAAAACAAAGGCAACCAUAUUUUGAAAUGUCCAAGUUAAUAUCUGAUAUAAAUACCAUAACAAAAAAGCGUAGAAGCCAUAGCACAGUGGUUUCUUCAAAAAUCAGAAUUACUAAUAAUGAAAACCAAACUCUAAAUUACAGAGUAAUAAAUCAAAUUAAUAUAUUCCUACUUUUUAAAUGCUAACACUCUACUUUAGUGAAAUUAUACUUGAGCUUACAAUAAGGUAAAAAAGAACUAUGAAAAAACUAUGAUACAAUACAAGUAAUAUAUAUAUAUAUAUAUAUAUAUACACACACACACACUAAAUGAACAUUCAUGUGUAAUAUGUAAAAUUCAUGAAAAUGCUCAUUUACUUGUAAAAAAAACUUGUGACUUUGAUGAAUUGAAAUCCUACCUCAAUUUAGAAUUAAAAGUUAAAAAUCAUGUAUUCGAUAUUUCAAGUUUAGCUGAAAAUUUUAGUUUUCAAUUCCUUCAAUUUUAGAAGAAAAAUUCCAGAAGAAAAUUUUGAUAGGAAAAUUGCUUAAAGAAAUGGAGGAUUUACAUGAAAUUUACAAAGAGAUACAAGAACAAAUUGAAAUGAGUGAUUAUAUGCUUGUGGUAUUAUUGAAAGCAUUGAACAAACUUACUUUGAAUAUAAAUAAAGCUGAAGAACAAAUUGACAAAAUAUUACAUGAAGAGCCAGUGGUUGGAAAAUUAAUAUCAAACGAAGAAUUAUUUCAAGAAAAAUUAAAUACACAUACAGAUGAUUCUCCAAUUUCAAACAAAUCCUUCGAACUGUUGAGUGCAAUAAAAACAAUGAUGCAAACUCAGCAUAAUAAGUUUGAAGAUAUUAUUAAAAAAUCAUCUUCUAUUAAAGAAAUUUGUACUCACAAUUCACAAAUUAUCCUAAAUGUAAAUACAAAAUUCAAUGAUGUGUGUGAGAAUUAUAAAAACUUCGACUUAAAUACUCUAUUGCCAACUAUGGUAGAUGAAACCACAAUGCCAACCCUCACUAGUUUAUCUCAAAAUUCUGAUGUUAUUUUUAACAAAAAUAAAUUUAAAAACUUAACAAUUUCCACCAUUCAAGACUUCAAAAACAAGAAACAAAAUAAGAACAUGAACCUCAAAACUAACAAUGUUGAUGAUAAAAUUAUUGGAAAGAAGUCAAUUAUCAAUCCCAUUGUCCACACCAAGGAUAAAUCAUUAAACCCUAUAAUAAAAGUAUGUGGAUUAAAUGAAAAUACAGGUCUUGGAAAUCAAUCAAAAUUGAAUGAUAAUGAUAUUGGGACAACAAUAACAAAGGGCGUGGGUAAUUUGUCUAUUGAAAGUUGUGAUUUUAUUUAUGAAUCAAUUUGUAAUUCACCCACUAAUAAAAGCAUACCACAUGGUGUUGGUGGUUGUAGCAAUAAUUUUGGAUAUCAAUCUAAUUCAAAUAAUCAAAUUUGUGAAACUUUUGAUGUGGAUUUUGAUACAAAGAUUCAAGUUUCUAUUGACAAUUUUACAAUUCCAAACAAUAUUAGUAAAGACAACAUUGAACACUAUGAAUUGUCAAGUGAUCUUACAAUGGAUGAUCAUAACGAAAUAAAAAAACCUCUAAAUUCAAAAAGUAUUACACCUACUUUUCAACAAAGUGAAAUAGUUGCAAAAACAAGAACAAAUAAUGAUGUUUUUGAAUGCUAUAUGCUAUUAGCACAUGCCACCAAAGCAAAUGAACAAUUUAAUGAGUUUGAUUUUGAUUUUGAUGUCACUACUUUCAAGAACAAAAGUAUUGUGUCAUCAAAGCCAUUUUAUAGUGGAAGGGAUAAAAUAAAACUGAACAAAAUUAUCAAUGAUAUCAUGCACUCAAGUUGAAAUUAAAUAUUUUAAAAAAAUUAAAUUAACAUGGAUAAAAAUGUUUCCUAAGUUCAAGUUAAAUCAUUAAUAUCAAAAGGAGUAUAUUACAAUAGUAUUAUUUUGAUGAACAUUAGAUAUAUUCUUGAAUUUAUCUUAUUUGAUGUACAUCUGUUGAUGAUGCGUAGAAAAAAAAUCAAUAUAUUUUUUUUCAUUGUUAAAGCAAAUGAUAAAAGGGACAUGAGUUGUUAAAAAUCUACUUGGUCCUAUCGAACAUUUACAUUUUAUUCAAUAUCUUUUAAUUUUGUGAAUGAUUUUCAACAUAAUACCGAAGUUUUAGAAGAAAAUGUCAAAAAAUAACAGACAUGAAUUUUAUCUGAUAUCUUCUUUUCUAAAUGCAAUCUUUUGCUUAAAAAAUGAAAUUCAAAUGUAAAACCACUAAUGUAUAAUAUUUUAAUUAAAUUAUUAUUAUUUAAAAUAUAUAAUUUUAAUUAUUUUUAAAUUUUAUAACAAACUAAUUCAACAACCAUCAUGUCUUAAUCAUCUAAAAAAAAAAAAGUUCCUAUAGAAUCAAAUAAAAGGUUCAAAAGUAAAAUUCGUUAAUCAAAACAUGUUGAUAUGCACAUAAUGAAUUUUAAUUUCUUGUAUUAUUAACACAAAACAAUUCAAAUAAUCAUUCCUUGCAAGAUUAAUUGUGUUAGAAGUCUCAUCACCAUAAUAAUUAUAAUAAACCAUCAUAAGCAACCAUUUCAUGUA